AUGCCCCGCCUCACACUCACCCCCACCCUAACCCUCCUCCUCGCCCCCCUCACCACCGCCCAAUUCACCCCCGUCACCCAAUUCUUCAACACCACCACCUUCCCCCACGCCCAACCCGCCAACGUCACCCACCACCUCACCACCGCCCUCUCCCUCGCCUCGACCUCCGGCCCGCUGUACCAAUUCUUCCUAUCCCUCUGCAUCGCGCAGCCCGUCUACCCAGCGCUGUUUAUCCCGCCGAGCGGCUUCGUCGAGCCUUUCUCCCCCUUCUCCUCCCUCUUCUUCGUCGGCCACAGCUUCGUCUCAUCCUGGGCCUACGACACCGGCGCGGGGCUGGUCGUCAUCGACGCGCUCUCCAGCCCGGACGAGGUCGACGCCGUUCUCCUCCCCAGCCUGGCGCACUUCGGGUACGCCGGGGAGGAUGUUAAACAUGUGGUGCUCACGCACGAGCACUUCGACCACUACGGCGGCGCGCGCGUGCUGCAGGAGCGCUUCGGCGCGGCCCUCUACGCGUCGGCGAGGGCGUGGGAGGGGAUGGAGGGGCUGGGGGCAGAUGCAGGGCUGCCGGCGCCGCCGACCAGGGACCGCACGCUGGAGGACGGCCAGACGUUGGUCGUGGGCGACGUGGCGUUCGAAGUCGUGUUGACGCCGGGCCACACGCCGGGGACGCUGUCGCUGAUUUUCCCGGUUUGGGAGGAAGGCGACGAAGGGGGCGGCAGCUGCGCGGAUGACGGCAGCGGCACGGUCGGCGGCGCGAAGAAGGGUCGCGGCGGGCGGGGCACGCAGCACGUGGCGGGGUUGUCGGGCGGGACGGCGACGCCGGCGGGGCGGGCGGCGCGGGAGGAGAAGGUCAGGUCGCAGGAGAGGUUUGCGGCGAUCGCGCGGGAGAGGGGCGUGGAUGUGUUGUUGUCGAAUCACCAUGUGGCGGAUGGGGCGUUGUGGAAUGCGGAUUUGUUGAAGUAUCGGGCGCCCGGCGCGCCGAAUCCGUUUGUGGUGGGUGUGGACGGGUUUGAAAGGUAUAUGCGGAUUAAUGCGGUGUCGACGAGGGUGAUUGCGGCGAGGGAGGGGAUGGGACUGGAUGUGUAG